GAAAAUAGCUUAUCUCUUUGUAUUUUGCUGGUUUCCUUUGCACUGUAAUUGUUGUCUCUCCUCCCGCAGCUGAUCAAAUCAUAUCACUGAACUUAAUGCCUUUUUAUUUUUUCCCCCUCUAUUUUUUUCCUGUCCGCUCAGACGCACCCAAGGCAAGGAGCAGCCUGACACCAUUUGACAUCUCCUUGCUUCCUCAUUUCAAUAUUAACUGUUUACCAGAAGAGAAACAGGUUUGGGGUGCGGGUGCUGAGCACUUGCCUGUCUCUGUGUGUGAGCAACAGCUCUUUUGCCCUCUGUCCCUUGCAGCCACAGGUCAUUUCUCUGAGCUGCCUGGAACAGCCCCGUGCUAUUGGCACCAGCCUGACUUCAGGAAGGACAGGUCUGUGGAUGUGCUGCACUCUCUGCUUGGGCUGGGGUGCAGUGACAAAGCUCAGAGCUGUGCCUGCUGCCGUUCUCACCCCACAACCGACCUGCUGAAGGAUUCCUACUCCUCCACAGAGCAAUAAUAAUGACCCAGCUGCAGUUUAAAGAUGCUUUUUGGUGCAAGGAGUUCACCUUCCACACCGGCUACGAGGUGCUCGUACAGCGGCUGCUGGAGGGGAAGAAGAUGUGCAAAGAUGUGGAGGAUUUGCUCAAGCAGAGAGCACAAGCAGAAGAGAGAUAUGGGAAAGAGCUGGUUCAAAUCGCCCGAAAGGCAGGAGGACAAACAGAAAUCAANNCACUGAAGGCAGCAUUUGAGAUGCUCAAGCAACAAAUUGAAAGUGUUGGAAACUCUCAUAUCCAGCUGGCAGUAAUGCUGAAGGAAGAACUGAAAGGAAUAGAGGAGUUCCGAGAAAGGCAGAAGGAGCAAAGAAAAAAGUACGAAUCUGCAAUGGAGCGGAUGCAAAAGAGCAAACUGUCCCAUUAUAAGAAAACCAUGGAGUCCAAGAAGACGUACGAGCAGAAGUGCCGCGAGGCGGAUGAGGCCGAGCUGUCCCUGGAACGCACCAGCGCUGCAGGCAACCCAAAGCAAACAGAAAAGAGCCAGAACAAAGCCAAGCAAUGCAGAGAUGCAGCAAAUGAAGCAGAGAACGUGUACAAACAGAACAUCGAGCAGCUGGAUAAGGUCAGGACAGAGUGGGAACAGGAACACAUCAAAACCUGCGAGGUGUUCCAGCUGCAGGAGUGCGACCGCAUCACGAUCCUGAGGAACUCGCUGUGGGUGCACUGCAACCAGCUGUCCCUGCAGUGUGUGAAGGAUGAUGAGCUGUAUGAAGAGGUUCGGGUCAGCUUGGAGAACUGUGUUGUAGAGUCAGACAUAGACUACUUCAUUAAGACAAAAAUGACAGGAACACAACCUCCAGCUGCCAUAGGGUACGAGAACUACUACAGCAGGGAGCGCAGCAGCAGCCCCACCCAGUCGUGCGGCAUGAUGAAGAGAUUCUCUGGACUACUGCAUGGGAGCAGCAAGAACAACACGGAAACUGCCAUUCCUUCAGCCCCUCCUCUGGAGAGUACAGACGGAGUCUAUGCAUCCCUUUUGAUAAAUGAAAAAGCUGGGAUCACAUCAUCACAGGACUACAGAGUACUUUAUGACUACACAGCCCAGAACGAGGAUGAACUGGACAUCAGUGAAGGAGACAUUGUGGUGGUGAUCACAGAAAAUGAGGAUGGCUGGUGGACAGCAGAAAGGAACGGGCAGCGAGGCUUCGUGCCAGGCUCUUAUCUUGAAAAGCUUUGAUGAAAAGAAGC